AAAGAGAAUAAAAGAAUCAAAAGAAAAAGGACAAAGAAGAAAGGAGCGUGGGGUGUCCACUUCACCCAAUUUCCUUUAUUAAUUUGAUUCUCUCUUCCAUUUUUCCCUCAACAGAAUAACCUUUCGUUACAAGCAACCUCCGCUGCCGCAAAACCCCUUCCUUCCCCCCCACCUCGUUUCAUCUAUCCCACUACUUCUCUUACUUUAGCUUCCCAAUAUUCAUUGCAUUAUUCCAUUCAUUUUCCUCUUUGCUGCGUUUCUUGAAGAUUUCUUCUUCUUCCUCUUCUUCCUCUGCUUCUUCUUCUUCUUUGUUGCUUUAUGUAGUUUAAUCCACUUUCCUUAUUCGUACGCAUUUUCAUUUCUUCUUCACCUAACGCUUCUUUUUUAAUCACCCGAAAUUGUUCCUUCAAUGGGGAAUAAUUGCUAUGGGAGUUCCAAUAAAUCGGCGGCGGAGAUUGUGCCUCAGGAGUUAUUCAGAAGCUGCAACAACGAUUCCGUCACCGCGGCUUCUAAUCCGACGGUACGCCUUUACGGCCCUCCGAAUAAUGCUUUCACCUGCUACAUUCGUUUCGCUUUGCUAUACAAGUCUGUGAAACUCAGUUUCAUCCCUUCUGAUGCCCCGCAUUUCGGCUCCGAUUCGCCGGCUAUUCGGAUCGGGUCAGAGACCAUAUCUGGUUCACGUGAAAGGAUGCUUCGGUUUAUAGACAAUAAGUUUCCUCAUCCGCCGUUACCACUAUCGAGUCGCCGUGUUGACGAAGACGAAACGUCGUCGUUGGUUGCUGUGAGGGUGGUGGCGCUGCAGCACAAGAGUGUGUUGUGGCAUUUGGAGAGGAUGUUGAGAUGGGGAAAGGACCUGGCUAAUCGUGGAGGGAGAACGACGUUCGAUCCGGCGGUGGGAACUCCGAGGAUGGAGCUGAGGAAGUUCGGGAAGAGCUACUCUCAGCUGCUGGAAGUGAUGCUGGAGCAUGCUCAAAUGGAGGAGAGAGUCCUCUUUCCGAUCUUGGACAGGGCUGAUCGAGGAUUAUGUAAAGCUUCAAAUGAGGAGCAUGCAAGGGAUCUACCCAUCAUGAAUGGCAUCAAAGAAGACAUCAAGUCCGCUGUCGUUUUGGACUUGGGAAGUUCAGUUUGUCAAGAAGCGCUCUCCAACCUUUCCAAACGUCUUAAGCUGUUGCAGGAACAUUGUAAACAUCACUUUUUGGAUGAAGAGAAAAAUCUACUACCUUGGCUUGAAGCUGUAGAGCUGAGCAAAGAGCAGCAAGACAAAAUGUUAGAGCAGCUAUUGGAUUUGAUGAAACAAACUCAUUCUCAUUUACUAAAUUUCUUUCUUGAAGGUCUUCUCCCUCUAGAAGCUCUGCAGUAUUUGGAUCUGAUCACGAGCAGUAGUGAUAGAAUCCGAACGAGCUUUGGCACAAUGCUGAUGAUGGAUGCUGUGUAAGAUCAAACAUGUAUAUAGAUUCUCUUUUUUACUCCCAUCUAGAUUGGAUUUGCAGCAUCCUUUGUGUUAAUAGGUUAGAAUGAAUGCCUGUUCUUUCUUUGGCAUCUUGUGUUUUAGUUUGGAGAUGAAGUAUAGUAAUUUGUUUUCAUAUUUUUUAGCGCAGUGUGUGGCAUAAAAAUGAAAAAAAAGAGGGAAAAAAUGAUUGUAGAUCGAGAUUUUCUCUUUUAGUUCAACAAGUGGGACUUCAACAGAUUUCAAACUUUAACUUCUUGAUUGGAGGCAUAUGACUUAAGCGAUUGAAUUAGUUGUUUGAGGCUUGUAAUUGGACUACUGUUGUUUUGGUCACACAAUCAGUUUAUAUAGUAUAGUCCAUAUAGCACUAGUGAAAUGAAAUUGGGUAAAGUUGCAUUGCAAUUCCCAUGA